CAAAUGGAGCAAUUUGAAGUGUUCCAGGAAGUUUACAGGAAGGUGUAAACAAAAAGCACGGCUGACCAUCUCGUCCAUCACUUGUAAACGUUAGCGUAAAUCAAUACCGCUGUGGAUAAAUGUGCUGUUUUAUGGACAAGUAAGGUAAUCUGUGAUUAUUUAACUAACGUAGAUUUCCUUUAGUCCAUAACUAAAUCAGAACUAGAGCUACAAGACCUAGCUCGCUGGCUAACGUCAGCUAACGUUAGCUGUUGUGUGGCAAGUGAUCUAAACAACCGUUGACGUGGAGAAACGGCAACAUACGCCUUUUUUUGAACGGGACUUGCCAGGUUUGUGUUUGUGAACUGCAUCCAUAUCAUUAUUAGAGAGAUAUUGCUAGAUAUUGUUAGGUUGACUAGGUGAAGCCUUAAUCGGCAUCUACAACCACUGGACUGGACGGCUAACGUAGACCGCUAGGCUACUGUAGCUUGCUAGCUAUCAAGGUAACUUGUACCUUGGCAGCAGCCCCAGAACAUAGAAGGAGCAACAUUGUCAUCAUGUCCACUUCGAACUUCAAGAACAAAUGCGUCACUCAGCUAAACUGCAUAUACUGUGAUAGUCGUCUUUGUACAAGAGGAAUGAAAGCAGUGCUCUUAGCCGACACGGAAAUAGAGCUGUUUUCAACGGACAUCCCACCAAACAGAACUGUCGACUUUGUUGCCAGCUGCUACUCCACAGAUAGUUGCAAAUGCAAACUAAGAGAUAUAGCCUGCUUAAAAUGUGGGAAUGUCGUUGGCUAUCACGUGGUGGCCCCAUGCAAGCCCUGUCUGCUCUCGUGCAAUAAUGGACAUUUCUGGAUGUUCAACAGUGAAGCAGUGUCCACUGUCAACAGGCUAGAUGUUACAGGGCUGAACCUGCUGCUGUGGGGAGAUCUUCCAGAGCUGGAGAACAGUGAGGACGAGAGCCCAGACUGCGCCCCAGAGGAGUACUACAUCAGAUAAACCCCUCCACCCCCCCACAAGACUGCAGCACACAGGACUAGGGGACCACUGAAGAGCCUGAGGAUGGGGGGAGGGGGACAGACAGACACAGCCCCCCCUCCAACCCCCCACAAGACUGCAGCACACAGGACUAGAGGACCACUGAAGAGCCUGAGGAUGGGGGACAGACAGACAGACACAGCCCCCCCACCCACCCACCUCCAUCCUCAGCUAUGCUGGCCUCCAUCCUCAGCUCUGCACAUGCCUCCCUGCUUAAACACAACCUCAAACACACAACCAGUGGCGGGUCACAGACUCACGCCAACUUGUCCAAGCACAUUCGCUGCAGCACCACCAGUGUCUAAAUCAUUCCACAAUGACUGAGAUGAUGAUGAUUUUUUUUAAAUUAUUAUUUUUAUUAUUAUUAUUAUUAUUGCCACCCAGAAAGGUCAGGAGUUGUUAGUGAGAAUGAUUGAUUAUUGGUUUGCUCUUUUAUCAGUGCCAUGGGCCAUUAUUACUCAUUGUUGCUGCCCAGGAAGCGGUUCCAAGCCCAUGUAUUCACACUGAAUUGAAUACGUCGCAUGGAAGGUGUUUCCCCCCCCCAUAUUGAGUGAGUUUCAUGAUUGAAGGUAGAGAAGUGGUGAGUUUCUUGGAGUGAGAGAUUGAGUUGAUGGGGUGUCGUCAUAGACGAUAGACCACACUGACUCAGCUACUGUGAAGGAAAGAAAUAACUGGAGACCUUCCUUUAGGUCUUUAUAUAGUAGGCUAUACUGUUUUGAUUGGUGAAACGGCUGAAGCCGUGUGUUUCCAAGCAAUCUGUUCAUCUGAAUAUGUAAACAAGAUAGUUGGUGGGUGGAUUGGUCAGGGUUUUGGCUUUUGGCAAACUAAUAUUUUUCUUUCUUUCUUGUUUAUUUCUAAUGGUACUGUAGAUGUUUCCAUGCAUUAGUUCAGUCCUGUGUGAGCUGAAGCAACCCAACAGCUGCUGCUAGUGGAGGCUGAAGUAUUAGGUCUGCUUCUGUCUCUCGGAGGGCCUGGGAUCCCGAGGAGGAGACUAAACCCUUUGAGGAAGAGGGCUGUUAUGAUAACAGGUUUAGCAAAAAAGACUUGAAGAGAGAAUGCAAGUCAUUUGUUUACAUGUUGUCUUAAAGUUACACUGUGUAAUAUUUUGGCCAAAGUAAAUCCACGAUUCCUGCUCAGAUAGCUUGUUUGAUAUAUAAGGUAUUUCUGCACAUUAGAGUAGUCGCCAGAGAUUUUGUUUUCGCUUACUUAUUUGUUUGAUUGCGAAAUUGUCUUGUAUUACUUGUAGUUUUACAGUAGCAGUGCGGUUAGUCUCCCACUUAUUGUAUUUAUUUUGCAUGUGCUCGGGUUAUGUUGUCCUACCCGAGUCACUGAAAGUCUUUGCGGAAUAAGACUCGGAACCGUCGUAGCACAGUACCUCCGGCAGCGACCAAUCACAAAGAGAUCUACUGCACAUCCGGCAGCGACCAAUCACAAAGAGAUCCACAGAACCUCCGUUUAGCCCCUGGGUCCAUUUUGGGAGACACCCGUGUACAAGACUGGACUACCUGUUCAUCGAUUUGUGUGUUGUGUGUGUGUGUGUGUGUGUCCAUAUGACAAAUUCUAGUUGUCAUAUCUACCUGAGCAGAUGGCUGCUGACCCUGUUGUGGUCCUGUCAUGGUUGAGUGGAUCCAAAGGGUUCGGUACCGGGUCAGGAACGGAACCACUCCAGAGCAGACGGCUCUCUGGGAGUGUGUGACACAUUCCAGCGUAAAUCCUGGCAGACGCAGAUAGCUGUGGGUGUGUGAGGGAGCAUCGUACCUUACACGCUACCAACCUCAGUCGGACAUGGGUGUGUUUCCUGAGAAGUGUUCUUGAACAGCGACCACGGUUAAAUGAUGGAGAGACUAUCGUUUGAAAAACACUCUCUUUUAGUUACCAGGUUGGUUAAAUGAUGGAGAGACUAUCGUUUGAAAAACACUCUCUUUUAGUUACCAGGUUGGUUAAAUGAUGGAGAGACUAUCGUUUGAAACACUCUCUCUUUUAGUUACCAGGCUGGUUGCUCGACGACACUUUGGGGACACGCAGUCCAGGUCAGCAGGAAGGACCAAUGUUUAUCCUACAACCCAGCUUCAGCUUCUGCCGUCGUCAUGGUCAGUGUGCUCUCUGUGUUUAUGAUGCAGUUCCCAUAGCAACACGUCAAAGUAAUGAUGAUCAUAGAUGCUGUUAGCAGAUGUUGCGCAUUCUUAUACUGGACAAAACAAUCAUGUUUAAUGAUUACGUUUAACACCUCAUGGAGGAAACUGUCCCCACGACUGAUGCAUACACAUCAGAUGGAACAAUUGGAGAUCUUUUAGAGCCUAAUCAAUGAGCCGUGCGUCCCAGCCAAUACGAUCAAUGAGCCUGUGCGUGGCGGCCAAUACGAUCAAUGAGCCCGUGCGUGGCACCCAAUACGAUCAAUGAGCCCGUGUGUGGCAGCCAAUACGAUCAAUGAGCCUGUGCGUGGCAGCCAAUAUGAUCAGCACAGGUACUCAAGGCAUUGCCCCGCUGUAAGGGACUGAAAAAGCAUAUCGAGGGGCAGCGGCUAUCUUACUGUCCCAUCGGUUGACAGGCUUGCAAAGUUUGGAGGACAUUGAUUGAUUGAUCAGUCGAUCGAUCGAAAGAUAUUGAUGUAGCUGUAUUCAAACAUCACACAUUUGCAAUUGCUGUAUUUGUACAGGCUUUUGAGAGUUAAAUAUUGAACUGAAUUAGUAGCAGCACAAAAAAGGUACAAUCAGAACAUGUUGCAGAAAUUGAAUAAUGUGUGAAAUAUUUUGUCGUACUAAUUAUGGUAUUUAUUUCAAGAUGUAGAUUUUUUUUACAAACACAAUUUAUCUUUUGAACUUUUGUAUGUUUCUCAACUUCAACUGUGCAUACACAUUUCAUGAUUGACAUUCACACACUUCCUGAAGCAUUCUUUGGAUUGAGUAUGCUUGGGACGUCCAAGAGUACGCUUUAUAUAAAUAAUCCUUUUGAGUUUCACAGAAAAUAGGCCAAACCAGGACAGCUGGAAAAAGAACAUUAUUUUAUAACCUGAAAAUAUAAUAACAAAAAGGAAUAUAUGUGAUUUAAUUUAUCAGAAGUUUGAAUGUAUGUAUUUAUUAAUGCAAAACUGUAUUUAUACCUGUGCUGUGUGUGUAUGGGGUGUGCCAGGGGGUGGUUUGUAUGCUUGAAGAUUGCACUGAAAUUCUUUUAGAUUGAACUUUGAGUUUGUUUUCAAUACUCACUCUAUGGCUGACAUUAAACCUUGUUUUUUUUGUUAA